AUCUUAAUAGAUGAUCCUGCUGUUGAAACAGCAGAAGAAGCUACAGAACCAGCAGAGGCAGAUAUCAAUGAGCUUUGUAAGGAUAUGUUCAACAAAAUGGCAGUUUAUCUGACAGGUGAACUGACUGCCACUAGUGAAGACUACAAACUGUUGGAAAAUAUGAACAAGUUGACUAGUUUGAAAUACCUAGAAAUGAAAGAUAUUGCAAUAAAUAUAAGUCGAAAUCUGAAGGAUUUGAAUCAGAAAU